AUGGCUUUCCUCUCUAGUGUUUCCACUUCGUCGGCCAACCAUAGUUCGCUUACUGGAGCUCAGUCCAAGGACGCCGUCGAUAUCCAUCAAUCUGCCACACCUAGCGGGCGUCAACGCUUCAUUCCUCGACUACCGAACGAAAUCCUCUACGAAAUCUUCUUAUGCCUCCGCCAGGACCUAGACUCCUUGCUUCAGAGUGCUAGAUCGACGACCGACCUGGAUGCCGCCAGGGUCUCUACUCGAACGUUCCACGACUUCCUCUUUAUCUCGCACCAAUUCUACUUCGUUGCGAGGCCGUUCCUGUACCAUACCAUCUUCCUCACACACGGGAAGCGUGUCAGGCAGCUAUACCGCUCGAUAGAGAAAUCUCCUUCACUCUCGAGUCAUGUGAGACAUUUAUUCUUCGUUGAGCAGAAGGACUGGAGUGGCCUCAAACCCAAGUCCGAGGCCAUGCCGCAGCUCUGGCAGUCAGUUAAGUGUCAGCGCCCUGAAGUCGCCGCGAAUUGGAAGAGAACGUCGAAAGCGCAACGUGAUGUCGCGCUACAACUCGUUUCCAUCCUUGCGGGUCUCAAGAGCCUGAAGACGUUCAAAUAUCGUGCAAACAUCGAUUCCACGCAGUGGCCGGUCAGGGCCCGCGGCACUACUUUUGACUGGAUUUUCAUGACGCUCAUCUCGACAUUAGCGUCGAGGAAGUACGGUCAUGGGCUUCUCCAUAGCUUGGAAGAAGUAGACAUCACAGGGCUUUCGCCGCCAAACAAAGCGACCUUUCUCCGCGUGUUUUUCAAGCUUCCCAACCUUCGCUCUUUGUCUCUGAGGCCUGCCUCGCAUUUACAGACGCUGCCCCAAUAUCUUCCCGACCGCCUCUCCCAGACAAUUCGUGAGCUCAGAAUCACGAGCCCUAUAUCUCUCAACAACUUCCCCAGCCUCCUACGUGCCGUCGACAAGCUCGAAGUACUACAUCUAGACAUCUGCCCGUCAUCCUUCGAAUUCACAUCAGCAUAUACUGCGUUCAAAGAUGCUCUCGAGACCCAACACACACACCUCAGAGAGCUACACAUCUCGUCGCGCACACCAUGCGGGGUACACUUUCUGGGAACCAACAACCGUCCGUGGUCCUUCUGGGAAUGUACAAACCUGCGUAUCCUCAGCAUCCCCGAUGAGCUGUACAACCACUAUGGAGUGAACAUCACACGCGCGACUCAUUUCCUCAUCCCUCCGCAUGUCGAGACGCUCAUCAUCUCCCACUGGUGGUUUAAGACACUAGAACCUGUGGAUGUGGACUUUCUCGUGCAGGAUACUGCCGUCUGCUUGCAGUUGCAAAAGGUCGUUUUGCAGGAUCUCGUUGGCGGCCAACACGGGCGCAUGUAUAAAUUCGGGAAUGCUCGCAAGGCGUUUGCUAAGCGCAAUGUGGCUUUGGUCUACGAGGACUGUGCCGCUGAAGGACGGGCACGGGCCAAGGAGAAAUGCCCGUGGUGGGGAUAG